AUGUCAGUAAGAGCAAGUGUAAGCGAUAUGUCACAACUAUCUAUUACUGAUAAAUCAAUAGCCUGGUCACCACUUCAUCAAGCUGUUCAUUAUUUAUCCUUAACUGAUUGCAAAAUUCUAAUUGAAACUGAAAAAUAUGACGUAAAUUUGCGGAUUUCCGAUGGUCGAACUCCGCUAAUGUUAUUAUGCAACGAUCAAUCAAAAAACUACGAUAAAAUUUGUGAAUUAGCAAAAUAUCUCUUUAGGAUGGGAGCUGAUCCGAAUAUUGAAGAUAAAAAAAGGAAUAAACCGUUGCAAAGAGCAGUGAAAUCUCGUAAUUAUCUUUUAAUUAAAUUAUUAAUUGAAUGUGGUGCUAAUGAAAUCGAUUUAUCCGAUGAAGCAGAAUGGUUGUUAUAUGAAGCAACAAAAAGAAAAGAACUGGUAAAAUUGUUUGAUAGAUUUUAG